GAGCUGUUGUCUGACGUCAUCACCCUGCGUCCUCCUGGGCUGGAUGUUCUAACCAUCGCGGAAGCCGCGGCAGACUUGCUUAAAGUUAUUUGCGGGUGGUAUGGUGUGCGUUAGCCGCGCUCUCUUAGUCAGGCAGUAUGGCAGAUUUAUGGAUGAUCUAAGGAUCUAUGUGAAAGGUGGAACUGGUGGAAUGGGUUAUGCUCGCUUAGGUGGUGCUGGAGGAAAAGGCGGUGAUGUCUGGUUAGUAGCAGAUGAAAAAAUGACCUUGAAGAAAAUGAAAGAUAAAUAUCCAAAAAAGCGGUUUGUAGCAGAAGCAGGAACCAACAGUAGUAUUGCUGCACUGAAAGGUAAUAAAGGAAAAGACUGUGAAGUAAAUGUGCCUCCAGGAAUAAUUGUUACUACAGAGAAUGGGAAAGAACUUGGUAAGCUUGACAAAAUAGGAGAAAGAUUGUUGGUAGCCUGUGGAGGUAUUGGUGGAUGUCCUGUAACAAAUUUCUUGCCCACCAAAGGUCAGAUUCACACGAUACAUCUUGAUCUAAAACUUAUUGCAGAUGUUGGUUUAAUUGGAUUUCCAAAUGCAGGAAAGUCCUCUUUAUUAUCUAAGAUCUCUCAGGCCAGACCUCAAAUUGCAGAUUAUGCUUUCACAACAUUAUCUCCUGAAAUUGGAACUGUGAUGUAUCCUGAUCGCAAGCAGAUAACAGUUGCUGAUCUUCCAGGAUUAAUUGAAGGUGCCCAUGCAAAUAAAGGAAGAGGCCAUAAGUUUUUGAAGCACGUGGAAAGGACUAAACAACUUCUCUUUGUUAUUGAUGUGUCUGGGUUCCAACUUUCUUCUCAUACACCAUUCAGGACAGCAUUUGAAACUAUAAUGUUACUAGCAAAGGAGCUGGAACUGUAUAAAGAAGAACUUCAAACUAAAUCUGCAUUGCUUGCUGUGAAUAAAAUGGAUUUGCCCAAUGCUAAAGAAAAUUUUGAAAAGUUAAUGGAACAAUUACAGAAACCUCAAAAUUAUUUACACUUGCUUCCACAAAAGAUGAUUCCUGAAGUCACUGUCAAAUUCAGAGAAAUUAUUCCUAUAUCUGCACAUACUGGUGAAGGAUCUGAGCAGUUGAUUACAUGCUUAAGAAAAAUAAUAGAUCAAGAAGCUGAAGAAAAGAUUGAAAGUUACCAGAGGGAGCAACUCCAUGCAUUACAUCUCUCAAAAAUAUAGCAACAUUUUUCAGUUAAACUAAUUCAGCAAGUUUUGUAAUUCUGCCUGUAAUUGAAUUCAUGAUUGGUCCUCUUUCUUAAGCAUAAAUAUGUGUAUUUUGUUCUUGUAAAAUAGUAAAAGUAUAUGCAGAUUUCAAAGCUAUGUAUCUCAUGAAAUUUGUAGUAUAAUUUUUAAAACAUAUAAAUAUGUACUUUUA